CAGGUCACAUAUCACAUGCACCCGAGCACAUCGUUCCCCUGACCUAAGACUCAUUUAAGGUAGACAUCGGAUAUAGAGAGUCUGCAAGUCUCAUGUGAAGACCAUAAAGCACUCCGACGACCUGGGCCCGACUGUGGACUUGGAACUUCUCUAGAGUCGCAACUUUCAAGAGUCUGCUGCCUAGACGGGGCGGCAGCAUGUCACUCUACCAUGAAACGGCGGCGAUAUUGACUAGUCCGUCCAGCCACGGCGGCAGCCUUAAAUCCAAGAUAUACGGCAAUAAGGAUCUCAAGUCCCCGCCCGCACAAGUCUAUGCUCUAGCCUUGGAGUCCAGCAAAUGGAGUGCUAUCCUGAAAGAGGUGGUCGAGAACUCCCAAUUUCUGCAGGAGGAGCGGAAGCUGACGCCCGCCCUUUCCAUCCUGCUCGUCCACGACCUUUUGCUCGCCAAGAAGGGCAUCGCCCUUCCGGCUUCUCACGGACUGCGAGUGGCUGUGGAAAAGCACAAGGCGAGGCUCCAGUCCGAGUUCGUCAGGGCCAGGAUACGGAGGAAAUGUCCCACGGUGGAGGCCCUCAAGGCGGCGGUCGACGCCGAACUGGGGCCCGCUCAUCCGCGAUGGAUACGGGUAAACACCCUCAAAAGCACCGUCGACGAGCAGCUGGACACCACAUUCAAGGGGUUUGAGAUGGUGCCAACCGUCCAGGAGGUGAUGGCGUUGGCCUCAAUUGGCAAGAAAGUCAUCUGUCUCGACGGAUACGUUCCGCACCUAAUUGCCGCUUCACCAGGGGUGGAUUUCACCAAAACCGAAGCCUACAAGACCGGCGCCAUCAUCCUCCAGGACAAAGCGUCCUGCUUCCCCGCUUACCUGCUGGACCCGCGGCCCGAAGACGGCGACAUCAUCGACGCGUGCAGUGCCCCGGGGAACAAGACCACCCACCUCGCCGGCAUCCUGCACGAGCGGGGGUUCGCCCCGGGUCAACGCAUCCUCGCCUUCGAAAAGGACAAACAGCGGGCCAAGACGCUCGAAAAGAUGGUCAAGACGGCCGGGUCAGACAAGGUCACCGUGAUCCACCCAGGCGCCGACUUCCUCCAAACCGACCCCUCCGCCCCAGGAUUCCAGCACGUCGGCGCCCUCCUGCUCGACCCGUCCUGCUCGGGAAGCGGCAUCGUCGGACGCGACGACACCCCCGAGUUCCACCUCCCGUCUCCGGCCCCUUUAACAUUAUCCAAACAACCCAACCGCAAGAAUGCUAAAGACAAAACCCGCAACAACCUCAAACGCAAACGCGCCCCUUCCCCCGCACCGGUACUCCUCGACGACGCAGGCAACGAGACAGUCCUCGCCUCGCCACAAGCCCUGCACGCCCGCCUUGCCGCGCUCGCCUCCUUCCAGCUGUCCAUUCUCCUGCACGCGUUUGCGUUUCCUGCCGCGAGGAAAGUGACAUACUCGACCUGCUCGGUCCAUGCAGUUGAAAAUGAAGGGGUGGUGAUGUUGGCGCUGAAAUCAGAUGUUUCACGGGAAAGGGGGUGGCGCGUGCUGAGGCGCGAGGAGCAGGUUAGGGGGAUGCGGGAGUGGCCUGUCCGUGGGGAAGUGGAGGCGUGCGAGGGGAAUGGGGAGGUUGCGGGGGCGUGUGUGAGGGCGAGCAGAGGGGAUGGGAGGGGUGUGAUGGGAUUUUUCGUGGUUUGCUUUGUGAGGGAUGCGGUUUUCAACGAUGCGGGUGCGGGAGAUGAGGACGACGGGCCGUUUGUGAGGGAUGGGCAGGGGAGGAUUGUGAGGGAUGAGAAUGGGAUUCCGACGCUGAAGAGUACGGGGAGGGAAGUUGUCGAUUUGGAGGGCUUGGUGGAGGAGUAUGGAGUUGUAGAGGUGAAAUUUGGUGAAGGAGAGGGGACCGAUGGGGAUGGCCCGUUUGAGAGGGACGCCGAGGGACGGAUUGUGAGAGGGCCGGAUGGGAUGCCGAGGCUGAAGGCGGCGCAGGAGGAGGCAAGUGGCGAGGAUGAGGAGGAUGAAGACACAGAUAAUGAGGAAUGGGGUGGAUUUGAUGAUUAGCAGAGGAACAAGACGUUUUU